UAUUUAAAAGGAAACCGCAGUGUGGAUUCUUAGUCUUUCAUUUCAGAAAUUCUGUGAAGGCACGAGAGAAGUUUUGAAAUCCUACGGCACGAGGAAAGCGCUUUAAACUUGCCAGAUAUUCAGUCAUCAAAACUCGACAUGAGGGUGCUUUCUUUUUCUUUUCGAUGGGUUUUACUCUCAGCUCUUUGGAUUGCAGGGAGUGAGACGCAAUACACAGAUCUCAGAACUUAUACCAUCAGUGCUGGUCUCGCAUUUAAGCUUGAGUGCAGUGAAACACAGAAUGUGAGCUGGAGCCGUGUUCCUGAUCAGAGGCUGGAAAGCAUCAGUGGAAUAAACAUUCAGGAAAAUGCGCUAUGGUUUCUACCUGCUGACCUCUCCCACAGCGGAUCCUACUCCUGUCUCACCAGAAAUGGCAAUGAAACCUGGAAAACAAUAUUUGAUGUCUCCGUUGAAAAUAAAACAUGCCCCAGGUUGAACAGAAAAGAAGAAUUAAUGAGCACAAAGGACAUCACUUGUUUGCUUCCACACAUCUUUGAGAUAGACCCUCAGGCUCAAGUGACCUGGAGAAAUAACUGCCACCCACUCAAUGUCACAAACAGUAAGGUUUUACCGAUAAACAGAUCCAAAGACAUGAUUGGACUCUAUACAUGCUUUGUGAGCUUUACUUUUGGAGGGCAGAAUUACUCUGCUGCCCAGACUACAGAAAUCUACAGCCGCUCUAAGGAUUAUGUGGUGACAAAGCCUGAAAUCAUCUACCCAAAAGAAGAAACACAAAAAGUAACACUUGGUGAAAGUUACAUUCUGAACUGCAAAGCUCUUGUUGGGAAGAACGACGGUGGAGAAACUCUUAUCUACUGGUAUAAUGGCUUAAAAAAUCUCGAACUGGACUACAACAUAAGUAUUGUGAAAGAGGGGGAGCGGGACUAUAUGCUGUCUACUCUAUACAUCCCAGAAGUCACAGAAGAACAUUUAUACAAUAAUUUCACCUGUGUCGUUUCGCACCCUGCAGGUUCAGAUUUUGGAAAUGUCUUGCUUAUUCCUGUGAGUCAGAAUGAACGUUAUUACUGGAUCGGUGUUGGCCUGGUGGUUCUGCUCAUAUUACUGUGUGCAGUUGCGUUUCUCUUUAGAGUCGAUCUGGUUCUGGCUUACAGGGCUGUUUGCUCGUCUUCUGCCAUAAGCAGUGAUGGCAAGUCGUACGAUGCGUAUGUGAGUUACCUCCAUGGUGAUCAACACGGCUCAACUUCUGCAGUGACAUUUGCAUUGGAUAUCCUUCCUGCGGUGCUGGAGGACCUUUAUGAUUACAAUCUCUUUAUCAGUGGUCGUGAUGGACUUCCUGGGGAAGCGGUGCACGAAGUCAUUGCUGACACGAUUAGCCGAUGCAGAAGGCUAAUCAUUAUCCUUACAUCACAGAGCUGUUUGUCACCUCUAACCAACACCACCAAGAGCCUUUUACCAGAUAAACUCCCCGUGUCAGAUCAUGAUGUGCAAAUGAAAGCAACAAACACUUCCUCUGAUCAAAUAUGGGCCACUUACGCGCCGCAGGUGGGUCUCUAUGAAGCUUUAGUGAAGCAGGGUCUGAAAGUCAUCCUGGUGCAGGUGGAGGACAGUGUUGAAGAGGCUCUGCUGCCCGAAUCUUUGCGAUACAUCAUCCGCACCAAAGGCAUCCUCAGAUGGAGACAGGACGCCAGUCUUCAGGGCAACAGAAUCUUUUGGAAACACAUGCGCUAUCAAAUGCCUCCAGCGAAGCGGCAGAAGAACCCAGAGCUCACGGUGCUUUGAGAUCUGUUUGACCGCAGAUAUAAUCUACACAAGUAUAUAAACUCAUUAUGAAGUGUGUAUUGAUAACACCACUCAAGAAACACAACAAUGCACACUUACUGUACACUGAAAAAAGAUACUAAAUUAAAAGCUAAAAGCUAUUUUUUUAACAAUUUUUUAAAGUAAGUCAAUGUCAUUUGUUUAUUUAAAUGUAGCUAAAAUAAAUGGACUGCAACAACUAAAAAAAAAAAAAUUGUAAAUUCAAUUAAUCUUUUUUUCAGCAUAGGGGCUGUUCACACAGACUGCGUUUUUCCACUCCAAUGUGCCACUUUUCCAUUGUUUUCUAUGUAAACACGCUAGAAGA